UUGCAAGUGAUCGAGGAGACGAUGGGGACUGUUUUUGAACAUCUCUACAUGAAUAUCUGAAGCAUUCAAAGUGAGGGAAGAGCGCGACGAGUCAUCAUUAAUUAAGCAACUUGACAACCUCGAUAUUGAUUGACAGCUUGCUUGUUGAGCGAGACUAGAGUCUCAAUGUUUUUUUCCCCGUAAGGGGCAUUUUACACCAGUCUCAAGCGUGAAGUCGUAGCCAGUGUUGCUUGUUUAUGAACGGUCUCCAGGAGAAAGCGAAGGAGCGCUAUACUGGAUUGUGGUGUUUUUGUCUUCAGCUGGAUUUAUGCUGACGGUCUGGCAACCAUCCUCUCUGGAGAGACGACCACAGUAUUCCUAAUCUUGCAUUUGGAGUUAGGUCUUUGUUUUUCCUCAGCCCUGGCCUCAUAGAAGACGUUUAGAGUCCGAUUGGAAUCGGCUAGAGUGACAGGCCGAUGGCGCAACGGUAUGAAGACCUUCCCCACUAUGGAAUGGACGGAGUAGGGCUGCCCUCGGCUAUGUACGGGGACCCUCAUGCAGCGCGCUCCAUGCAGGCGGUUCACCUGAACCACGGGCCCCAGUUCCACUCGCACCAGUACCCGCACUCAACACACGCCAGUGCCAUACCGCCCAGUAUGGGCUCCUCUGUCAACGACGCUAUAAAAAGAGACAAAGAUGCCAUUUACGGGCAUCCCCUUUUCCCACUUCUAGCACUGAUUUUUGAAAAAUGUGAAUUAGCAACUUGCACGCCGAGAGAAACUGGGGUCGCUGGAGGCGACGUGUGUUCCUCGGAGUCUUUCAAUGAGGAUAUAGCAGUAUUUUCAAAACAGAUUCGAUCAGAGAAGCCUAUAUUUUCAUCAAAUCCAGAAAUUGAUAAUUUGAUGAUACAAGCAAUUCAAGUAUUACGGUUUCAUCUGCUCGAGCUGGAGAAGGUACACGAGCUAUGCGAUAAUUUCUGUCAUCGAUACAUCAGCUGCUUGAAAGGAAAAAUGCCCAUUGAUUUGGUCAUAGACGACAGGGACGUUGGAAAUAAAUCUGACAGUGAAGAUUUUACAAGAUCGUCUGGGCCUCUUGAUCAGAUCUCGUGGAGCAGAGACCACGAUGACACGGCGUCAGUUCGCUCGGCGGGGACACCCGGGCCCUCCAGUGGGGGACACACGUCACACAGUGGGGACAACAACAGUGAAGAAGGUGACUGCAUGGACAACGGGGUGGCCUCUCCCAGCACUGGGGACGAUGAUGACCCUGACAAGGAAAAGAGGGAUCGUCACAACAAGAAGCGAGGAAUCUUCCCUAAAGUGGCCACCAACAUCAUGAGGGCGUGGCUCUUCCAGCACUUGACACAUCCUUACCCUUCGGAAGAGCAGAAGAAACAACUGGCCCAGGACACGGGGUUAACGAUCCUACAAGUCAACAAUUGGUUCAUCAACGCGAGACGAAGAAUAGUACAGCCCAUGAUCGACCAGUCCAAUAGAGCAGUGACUGGAGGAGGGCCCUACACCCCAGAUGGUCAACCAAUGGGAGGGUUCGUCAUGGACGGCCAGACACACAUGGGAAUCAGACCACCUGGGCCCAUGGGUGGGAUGGGUAUGGGUGUGGAGGGACAGUGGCAUUACAUGUGACCCCUUGCUAACGGACUUAGCACAGAGCCCAAGGGGACGCACUAACUGCCAGGUAUUCCCGAGGAUGGCGUGUCUCAUGGUGGUCCGAUCAGCACGGAUAUGGGCAUCGCUCUGACCUCCACUGGUGCCCCUACCAUCACCUCUACCCUCCCACCAACCAGCCCCGCCACUGGGGCAUGAUCUCUCGGUGCUGCCCCUCCCUCCGUGACUUCCGUGACCCAGCGAUAUUGAUUGCGCUGGUGCCCAGCCCAAACUCACCACCAUCGCCUGACUGUUUGUCAGUGGGGCUGGUGACCCCCCCCUUCUCCAACUCCCCCCCAUUUCCUUAAAGUGGUUCAAUCUGAGUAGCCACUGUUGCUGAACCACCACCCUGACUAUGCGAGGCCUUGGAAACCCCAUCAUGCCUUGUGAGGACUUCUUACAUUGUGAGGACUUCUUACGUUGUGAGGACUUCUUACGUUGUGAGGACUUCCCUUCUGGGGUCUACAAUUACUGGAGGUCUCCAGUGGAUACUUCGUUACUGUGUUAAUUCAACCAAUACAAACAAACAAUUAGUCCUUCACUCCCCCCCCCCCCCCUGCUGCAUGGCAUGGACAGUUAUAGAGGGUGAAGAUACUCUUGUCUUGGCAGUGGACUUGUACCAAGAAAAGAAGCCGAUGUCUGUAUUUCCUGGACGGUCUUUUUAAAACAACAGACACCCUGGAAACCAUUUUUUUUAAAUAAUGAAAUUGUUGUAAUUCUGGAAAAUGACAAUAAGGUAAGGCAAUAGUGUGCUGUUUACUGUUUUACCACAAACUCUCUGCGGACUAGUAACGAUUGCUAUUACAAGUGCUCUGGUAUUGCUUUGCCGUACUCUGCUGUUUUUCAAAAAAAAGGACUUGACUUGUCUAAUUCACACUAUGUGUGUGAGUCUUUUUUUCAUAGACUUUUAUCUCCUAACCCCACGAAUCUCUUUGCGUUUGAAAAUAAAAAGAACUUACAGGACCAGUUUCUCUCAGUUUGCUGUAUGAACACAGAAAGGAACCAUUUCAAUACUUUGAGGUCCUGUCACACAAUUUAUAUUAUGUGUGAGCUUUGUAACACUUAAGUAACUGGAGUGUAAUUACAGAUUUACUACACAGGUAUAAGUGCAACUCAAUGUAAAGUGCUAGAAAAACCCCAGUUAGUAACCCGGACAGUUAGUAGGAGGGUACAGCUUGGUACAGUACAGUGAUGGGAAAAAUUACACAGUCGAUUUCCUGCCUACCGGCUGCCCCCUUCCCUGCUUCGCCUGGGUAGCUCUGCAUUUACUGACUAAUUACU